AGAAGGCAGUAGAUAUUUCAAUUCUGUAUCAAGAGAUACAAGCUUUUAUUGAAUUAAUUUUCAUUUACCUAACACGAUGUAAAAGUUAUGUUUUUUUCCUUUCAGAUAUGGAGUCGGUUCCAGGCUUUGGAAGUGAAAUUCCAGACGAAGAAAUGUACAUUCCAUUUGACCUCAUACCAGAAAAUAUCACAGGAGAUAGAAUAAUAAUACAAGGUCUUGGGAAUCAUACUGAAAACAUAUCAAGAAGUAACUUGCUAAAGCGGUUGCAGCCAUAUUUGAAUAACAGAUCGAUUGAUGAUGGUGCUCUUAUAGCUCUUUUGAUAGCUUAUGUAUUACUGAUUGUUACUGGUGCAAGUGGUAAUGGUUUAGUUUGUAUCGCCGUGGCAAGAAAACCUACCAUGAGAACAGCUCGCAAUGUAUUUAUUAUAAAUCUUGCAAUAUCCGACCUAAUUUUAUGCCUGUUCACAAUGCCAUUUUCGUUGGUUGAAAUAGUCAUGAAAUAUUGGCCGCUGGGUGUUUUACCUUGCAAAUUAGUUGCUGGAUUACAAGCAACGAGUAUAUUUGUAAGCACGAUCAGCAUAACGGCGAUAGCGUUAGAUCGUUACAAAGUAAUAAUUUAUCCCACUCAAGACACUUGCCGUCCACUGCGCGCAGCCAUGAUACUAUUCAUAAUUUGGUUCGUAGCUAUUCUUUUAGCAUUACCUCUGUUCAUCUUCAGAACUGUUGUACACUUUCAAGUAAACUUACCUUGGUUCAAAUCGGUAGAUUACUGCAUUGAACGUUGGCCAUUAGAGCGCGGAAGAGGAUAUUAUUCUGUUUUCUCAAUGUUUUUUCAAUACUUACUUCCUAUAAUAAUUGUAAGUGUUGCUUAUGCUAGAAUUUGCCGAAAGUUGAAAUAUCGCAUGGUUACUAAGGGUACUAAACUUCAGGAAAAACAAGCUAGAGACAAAAAGCGAGUGAGGAAAACAAAUAUUCUUUUGAUUUCUAUAGCUCUUAUUUUUGGUUUGAGCUGGCUUCCAUUGAACAUUCUAAAUAUUAUAUCUGAUUUCUUUUAUCCUUUCUCUGACACUUCGACUUUCCGUGUGGUAUUUGCAUGUUGCCAUAUGGCUGGUAUGAGUUCAGCUUGCUCAAACCCACUUCUUUAUGGUUGGCUAAAUGAAAAUUUCAAAAAAGAGUUUAAGGAGAUAUUCGCUGCUUGUAUGAGUUCUUCCUCAUCCAUUGGAAGAAAUGGGGCUAAAAAUGAAGGAACCGAAUCAUUCGCCAUGUGCACAAAAAAUCCAACCAAUACUAUUCAAACAGCUCUCCCUACUAAUCACGCUGAUACUACCGUCAUAGAUGGUGUGGGUGUUAGAGCUAUAAAAUGACUAGAUGAUCCCGAGAAAAAACGACUACCACCUUUACCAGAAUGUUCAACUUCUGUUUAAAAUUUUAAAAUCAUAUACUUUUCUUAUACAAUUCAUUUUAAGGAGUUUUUGCUGUGCAACGACAUAAAAUCACACUGUUAGAAAUUUCCAAAAAAAAUGGUUAAAUAAAAAUUUAUUUUGUUAUUUUAUCAUAUUCAAACAGAACAGCCAUACAACUAUACAAAAGAUGCUAUUUAAACUAUUAACUUUGAGAAAAACCGUUACUUAACUGAUUUUUCAAAUACGUUAAACAAACAGAAUUAUAUAGCAAUAAAUAGACUCACCUAGCAUAGCCACUUAGUUCCUUGAAACUGGGCACAAAUUAUAGUCGAGAUAAUCUGUCGCUAAUCUGUGAUUGAAUAUAUGAUCGACGGAACGGGAGUUGGAGCUCCAGCGUUGACAGCACACUAUUUCUGCCAUUCCCAUUCCUUAGACGCGUGAAGAGUUUCUAGUGUCUCACACUCUCCAAUUUGUGACCCUGGAUUAUUAGAAUAAGAUGCUCGCUUUCACAUUCCGCGGUUAUUUUGAUAAAACAUAAUUUGACCGCAACCUAACUUCAAUGCCCAUUACGUAAUGAAAAGAAUAGUUCCAAUGUCCAGUUAAAUUUCUUUUUUUCUUUUUUUUCGGUUUUGAAAUCAUACUAGCUGUGAACUAGUUGUAAACAGUAAAGGUAAAAAAAUUUCUUUACCGUAAAUCUUACGGUUGAUUGGGUGGACAGACUGCUACCGGUUACUUUACUAUAAUUUUAAAAUGAAAAUUCUAACUGUGUAGUUACUAAUGUCUCCCAAAGAAAAUGUAGAUGUUUAGUUUUUUUCUACUGUUUUGUUCUGUCCAAAUUUCAGCGUAUCUUCUUAAGAAUAAUAUUGUCUUUGUACGUAGUUUUGGCUUGAGUUUUACUAACUUUUUUUAAUUGUAACUAAAUUUUUUAAUUACGAACUUUUUUUAAUUGCAACUAAAUGCUAUUUAAAUAUCUUUUCGGAUAUUUUGAUUUUAUCUACUCAUGUUUUAACGAACGGCAUAAAAGAACUAAUCAAUAC